CAUCUCUCGACCAGUAGAUCGAUCAUUCUUGUCUUCCGUGCAUCACCUGACUUCCUCUCCUCUUCUCCCACUCUCUCCCGUCGUUGCCUCUUUGGUGCUUAUAACCAGCCUCCCGGCAUCCCCCCACCUUUGAUUCCCUUCUUCCACCGCAGCUCCCAAAAAGAACAUGGUACAAACCAGUCAGUAGCCUGUUACUGUUGUAUUGGAUGCCGCAACAGCAACCUAAGAGCUAACAAUCCCUGUUCCCAACCACCCAUCCUUCUUCCUCCAUUCUCCCCCACCAAACCUCGAACUCAAAAGGAACCGUCUUUAUUACCCCCCCUCGCUUGCCUUGGCGCUGAGACUUUUGCCUUCUUUGCUGGUGGGGAGAUGAAGAAGCUCAGCAACGGGAAAGGACGGAGGAUCCACCCGACCCCACCGCCGGGAACGGCGCCGCGGGACCACCUGGCGGCGAUCCCUGCGGCGUUGUUGGCCCUGGUGGCGGCGCUGACGGCCGAGGAGAAAGAGGUUCUGGCGUACUUGCUCUCAGGCGGCGGUGGCCAUGAGAGGGGCAGCGAGCGGCGGCGGCGGCUACGGCCGCACCCCCCGGAGCUGGGCUGCGAGUGUUUCUGUUGCUACAAGAGCUUCUGGGCGCGGUGGGACGCGUCGCCGAACCGGCACGUCAUCCACCGCAUCAUCGACGCCGUGGAGGAAAGGUUGGAGUCAAGGGAGCGCGAGCGCGGGGGUGGUGGCCGCCGCCGGAAGCGCAACGGCCGUCGUGGGAGGAAAAUCGCCAACUCGGCAGCUGUGGCGGAGGAGGAGGACGAUAGCUCGAGGGUGGACCCGAAGGGGUUCCUGGCGUCGGAGGGUGAGCACUCGGGGGAUGAUGAUGAUGGUAGCGUCGACGACGAUGAUAAAGAAGGGGACGUCGAUGACGAGGAGGAGGAGGAAGAGGGCACGAAUGGUGUCAGCAACCCCAACGGCAAUGGAGGCAAGAGCUCCGUGAGGAGAUUCAUGAGUUUUAUCGGGGCAAGAGUUUGGGGAGUUUGGAAUUGAGCCAAUGGGAAGAUAGAGAUGACAAAGAAAGGAUUUUUGGACAUUGGAAAGGUCAGUUCCGAUGCUUUCUCAGUCUUCUUUCUUUGAUUACUCUCUCGUUUCUUUGUCGUCCGGGUGAAAGCUCUCUCUCUCUCUCUCUCUCUGUUAUUGUGUAUCUUCAUCAUUUUGUCGUAGUGAUCAGCAACCAAACACCUUCUGCUUCAUGUAAAGAAGGACAGAUUUUAAGAAGAAACAAGUCAUAAUAAGUUUCUGUUUCAACACCAUCUGCGUCAUUCAUUAAUAUUUCGAGAAAUUUUUUGAUCGAACGUGAAGAGUUUUAUAGAUAAGAUUUCAGUCUGUGAUGCAGAGACACACAAUGCAGCCUUAUGAUUGGGAAUCAUCGCUCCGUUCGUCGGACGAUGGAGCAAUUAGUAGUGUCUCUAUGUCAAUUCGAUGCUUGGAGCUCUGCUCUCAGUUUUCUCCUGGCUUUACUCUGUUCUCGAAAGCCAAAUGUUAGUCUGAUCGAAUCCUACUGUGUUACAAAGCUUUUU